CACCAACACUUUUUCACCUAAAAAAAUAAAAAUUNGUAAAUGUUCUGCAAAAACUUAAAGGAAAAGCUACUAAAAAUCGAAUCUUGAUUUUCUUCUUUUUUUUUUUCCCCUUUCGAAAAGGCAAAAUCCCAGAAAAUGUCGGGCAGCCCAUCUGCUGAAAGUCCCGGGCCGACAAAUUUCUACAAGAAGAUGAAGCGUUUGAGAAUUUUAGAGCCGUCGGUUGGAAUUCUCGGGCUGACUGUCUGUGUGAUUUUGGGGUUUUUCGUUUUGGAUUACGGAAGCGUGGCGAAGAGACUGAGGCUUCCGAACGAGAGGUUUUUGUGGCUCAGAUUUGACGGCGAGGAAGGUCAGAGUAGAAAGAUUGAUUUUUUGACGGAGGCUAACGAUGGGUGUGACGUGUUCGACGGCGAUUGGGUGUGGGACGAGGGUUAUCCGCUGUACCAAUCGAGGGAUUGCAGGUUCAUGGAUGGUGGAUUCAGGUGCUCUGAGAAUGGAAGGCCUGAUUCUUUCUACACUAAGUGGAGAUGGCAACCCAGAAAUUGCAACUUGCCUAGAUUUGAUGCCAAGGCCAUGCUCGAGAAAUUACGAAAUAAACGUGUUGUUUUCGCGGGAGACUCAAUAGGCCGAAAUCAAUGGGAGUCUCUUCUUUGUAUGCUGUCCUCUGUAAUUCCUGAUAAGGACUCAAUAUACGAAGUGAAUAGAAAUCCCAUCACAAAGCACAAAGGAUUCUUGGUUUUCAAGUUUAAGGAUUAUAAUUGCACAGUAGAGUAUUAUAGGGCCCCUUUUCUAGUACUGCAGAGUCGCCCUCCUCGAAAUGUUUCAUCACGGGUUCGAACCACAUUAAAGCUCGACAAAAUGGACUGGAUGUCGUCCAAAUGGAAGAAUGCUGAUGUCAUCAUUUUCAACUCGGGACAUUGGUGGAAUUACGAGAAGACCGUAAGAGGAGGCUGUUAUUUCCAAGAAGGCUCAAAAGUGAAGAUGGAUAUGGAUGCCGACACUGCAUACCAAAAAGCCCUCGAAACAGUCAUAAACUGGAUAAACCGUGAAGUAAACACAACCAAGACUCAAGUUUUCUUUCGUACAUAUGCUCCUGUACACUUCAGAGGCGGAGAUUGGAGGUCCGGUGGAGCAUGCCACAUGGAAACACUCCCUGAGCUUGGCCCCACGAUUUCUAACUCGUGGACCAAAUACACUACUUUUGGGCGCGUAAUGUCAUAUGAUUCGAACUCGUCAUUUUCACGGUCAUUGGAAGUGCUAAAUAUAACCCACAUGACAUCAAGAAGAAAAGACGGGCAUUUGUCUUUGUAUUACAGGGGUAAAAAAGACGGUCCUGCCCCUCUUCACAGACAGGAUUGCAGCCAUUGGUGUUUGCCGGGAGUGCCCGAUGCAUGGAACGAGUUACUGUAUGCUCUUUUCUUGAAAAGAGAGGCAGUUAGGACAUCAGAUUCAUCUGCCUUUCAUCUGCAGGUAUAAUUGGUUAUGUCAAAAGGUGUAGAUAGAUAGUAUUUAUUGAUAUGGGGAAAGAGAUUUUUUUUUUUGGUUACUUGUUUAUGGGGUUGGGUGUCUCACAAUUUUUGGUGCAUUUUUUGUUUUAGUUUUUGUAGGAUAUAAAUAGUAGGUGAACAACAGAUUGACUGAUCUGUGGGGGAAGAUUCUGAGAAAACAUACAUUUUAAUUAGUUAUUUAUUUAUUUUUUUUCUGCAUUUCCAUUCAAUGUGAUUACAUUGUAGUUGUGCGUAGUCAGUUUUUGGAGUGGA